UUUCAACUAUACAAAUAUUUUAACCUAACAUUUUCUUUCCACCAAAAUUACAUUUUGAAAUUCCCGCUUGAAAUUAGUUCCGAUACAAGCGGCAUGGAGCGCUGUUUUUCAUAUUUAACCAAAGCGUUAUCGUGAAACAUCUAGAGGAGGUAGGUGAUCUGUGGUAUAUGCACGACUAAUUUUAAAAUACAAACUUGUUUGUUUUUUCGUGCGGCAACGUGCGUCUGGACAUUGAAAAAUUAAUUUUGGGAGUACUCGAAAGACAAGCAUUAUGGGACCAAACAAAUAAGGAUUACCACAACCGAGAUAUGGCUCGUAAGAUGUGGAUAUCCCUGGCAAAAGAAAUGGGUGAAAACAGCGAUGUACUCAAAUCAAAAUGGCGGGGACUAAGAGAUAACUUUAGAAAAGAACUAACAAAAACAAAAAAAGGGCGAUCCGGAGAUGCUGGUGGAAUAUCAAUACCAUCAAAAUGGUUUUAUUUCACACUGAUGCUUUUCCUAAAAGACAAUAUGACCCAAAGAAAUGCUACAGGAAAUAUUCCUCCUCUCAAUAACCAAGAAAAUUCAUACGAGGAAAAUACUACGCCAGAUACAAUCUCUGAACCUGAUUAUGAGAGAAAUCAUAAUUCUGAAUUUAAUUCAGAUUCAGAAUUAAAUACUGACACUAUGCCUACGACACCCAAGGCUGCUAAAAUAGCUCAAGCAAAUAAGGAAACGGGUACAAAGAGUAAAAAAGCUAAAUCUUCAGUAUAUGAAAAAAUGAUCGCUAUAGAAGAAGAAAAACUGAAAGCAUAUAGAGAAAAGUGUAAGGAAAGAACAAAGGAAGAAGAUAGUGACUUUCAUUUCCUCAUGAGUCUGAUGCCGUACAUGAAGAAAAUACCCGAAGACCAAAAAUUAUCAGUACGGAUAAAAAUACAACAAUUUCUUCUGGACGCCCAGCCGCGUGCUCAGUCUGUCAGGACAAGAACUACUGCAGUGGACCAAGAAACCGAUCAAAGCAGGUAUCAAGUGGUACUGCCAUCAGCUUCAUCAGAAAACGAACUAGGAUGUUCAGAUGUGCGAAAAAUUUAACAAGUUCUUUUGGAAGUCCAGCCACGUGCUCAGUCUGUCUGGACAAGAACUACUGCAGUGGAUCAAGAAAUGGAUCAAAACGAAGCAGGAUAUUCAGGUGUUCGAGAAUACUUACAUAAUUUUCAGUAGUGUAAUGAAAGUACUUUAUUAGUUUAUUUUAGUUUUUAUAUCCUUACUGCAUGAAAAAUUAUUUCUUUUUUAAGU